UCACAUUCUGCUUUAUUCCCAUGCAUAAAUCUUAGUUUCCAAGAAAAGAUACUUCUAACUGGUUUUGAGAUCCAGGGACACAUAUGGGAUCUGCAUAUACUAAUGGUUAUAAUAAUCUGAUGAUUUGCGUAUAGAAAGUGCACACUGCUCUGAUAGCGAAAUUAAUCUUAAGUGCUCUGUGUAAGCUCUCCGGUCGGCUACAAACAUUUACCGCAGAAGUACAUAUUGUAGUAUGUAAUAGGUUUUACUCCAACCCACACAUUAAAACUACUUCCAAUUCCUCGUAUAUAGCUCCAUCCCUGCCUUCAGUUGUGUCCGUGUAGAAUGCAAGUUAUUGUACAAAUCAUUAACCCAAACUGUGUUACUGACAUUUGCCUUAGCAAACACUCAUUAAGUGCCUUUAUGGCUUGUCUUUGUUUUCUCUUUGAACACUUGGUCUUUUAAAACAUCCCUGGCUCAUUUUAUAGAAGGUUUGCAGUUGUGCUGCAGUUUACCGGGAGGGAAAACAAACAAACAAGUUGAAUGAUGGUCAGCCCUGCUGCAGAUAGGAAGUGCUGCAUGUAGACUCCUCUGACUGCUUUGCUGACGUAAGGGCCCUUCCUCAGUGGAGGAGGGGCGUGCGGCUCUGUUUAGUGGUGCUGCGUGAGCGACAGGGGAGGGGGAAAAGAUUGUCGUCCAGCCUUCCUGCCCUCCACAGGCAGUUGAUGAUCACAUCUGACAGCUCAGGGUGGAAGUUGAACGGCUCAGAGCACCAGGUCCCCUAUAUUUACUCCUCCCCUGCAAGCAGCUCUCAGCCGGUCUCUCCACACCAGAGCCUGGCUUUGGCUCUUUGUCAGCGCAUGGGGGUGCAGACAGGCGAACGGCAUGAAUAUAUCAUGUACACAAUAGACUGAACGAGUGCUGUGACCAUGAAAGCCCAGCGGGAGAGGCUGAGGAUUCCAGGGUUGACAUUGGACCUCACUCCACGAAGCUUGAGCCCAACUCCCACAAGCCCUUGCAGCCCAUGCAGCCCGCUGCACGCGUUUCAUUUUUGGAGCUGCAGAACCAGCAACAGAAAAAGUCUAAUAGGUAGUGGACAGUCAUCAGCCCUUCCUCGACCACACUCACCUCUGUCAUCACACACAGGCACCAGUCCACAAGACAGCCCUAGAAACUUCUCCCCUAGUGCUUCAGCACAUUUUUCCUUCACACGCAGAACUGAUGGGCGACGCUGGUCCUUGGCAUCUCUUCCCUCUUCUGGCUAUGGAACAAACACACCCAGCUCUACAGUCUCUUCGUCCUGUUCAUCACAGGAGAAGCUCCAUCAGCUGCCUUUCCAGCCCACACCAGAUGAGCUGCACUUCCUGUCCAAGCAUUUCUACACAGAGAGCAUUUCUGGAGAUGACCACAGAAGAGUCACUCCUAUGCGGCCACGGUCUCGCAGUCUCAGUCCUGGAAGAUCCCCAUCAUGCUGUGACCAUGAGAUUAUCAUGAUGAACCAUGUGUACAAAGAAAGAUUUCCCAAGGCCACAGCUCAGAUGGAGGAGCGCAUCAAGGAGAUCAUUCAAAGCAACUCCCCUGAGAACGUCUUGCCUCUGGCUGAUGGUGUCCUCAGCUUCGCACACCAUCAGAUCAUUGAACUGGCCAGAGACUGCCUGGAAAAGUCCCGCCUUGGCCUCAUUACCUCACGUUACUUUUGUGAGCUCACAGAUAAACUGGAAAGGCUCUUUCAUGAGUCGACUGAGCGAUCGGAGAGUGCAGAGGUGACCUUCAUUAAGGAGCUAGUGAAGAAGAUUCUCAUUGUCAUCGCCAGGCCUGCGCGACUGCUUGAAUGUUUGGAGUUUGACCCAGAAGAGUUCUAUCAUCUCCUGGAGGCUGCAGAGGGUCAUGCCAAAGAGGGCCAAGGCAUCAAGACAGACAUCCCACGAUACAUUAUCAGCCAACUUGGCCUGACAAGGGACCCACUUGAGGAAAUUGCCCAGUUAACUAGUUAUGACAGUGGGAUUGCAGAAACACCUGAGACGGAUGAAUCUGUCAGUUCCCACAGUUUGAGUGCAGCAUUACGGUCCCGGCGCAAGCCCUGUGAACUCGACUUUGAGAUGAUUAAACUGAUCAGCAAUGGAGCUUAUGGUGCAGUGUAUUUAGUGAGACACAAAGAGACAAAACAGCGCUUUGCCAUGAAGAAGAUUAACAAGCAAAACCUGAUGCUGAGGAAUCAGAUCCAGCAGGCCUUUGUAGAGAGAGACAUCCUAACGUUUGCAGAGAACCCUUUUGUGGUCAGCAUGUACUGCUCCUUUGAGACCCGCAGACAUCUCUGCAUGGUUAUGGAAUACGUUGAAGGAGGGGACUGUGCUACUUUGCUGAAGAACAUGGGUCCUCUCCCUGUGGACAUGGCCAGAAUGUACUUUGCAGAGACUGUGUUAGCCCUGGAAUAUCUCCACAACUAUGGAAUUGUCCAUCGAGAUCUCAAACCAGACAAUUUGUUAGUCACUUCAAUGGGACACAUCAAGCUGACAGACUUUGGCCUAUCGAAAGUGGGGCUGAUGAACAUGACCACUAACCUCUACGAGGGUCACAUUGAGAAAGACGCAAGAGAGUUCUCUGAUAAACAGGUGUGCGGAACUCCUGAGUACAUUGCUCCUGAAGUGAUCCUGAGGCAAGGCUAUGGAAAGCCAGUAGACUGGUGGGCAAUGGGAAUCAUCCUUUAUGAGUUUUUGGUGGGCUGUGUACCGUUCUUUGGAGACACUCCAGAAGAACUGUUUGGCCAAGUCAUCAGCGAUGAAAUAAACUGGCCUGAGGGAGAGGAAGCGCCACCAGCUGAUGCUCAGGAGCUGAUCACUCUGCUGCUCAGACAGAACCCUAUGGAGCGCCUUGGCACUGCAGGAGGAGCGUAUGAGGUGAAGCACCAUCAGUUCUUUCACAGUCUGGACUGGAACAGCCUGCUGAGGCAGAAGGCAGAGUUCAUCCCCCAGCUGGAGUCUGAAGAUGACACCAGCUACUUUGACACACGAUCUGAUAGGUACCAUCACUUAGAAACGGAGGAAGAGGACGAUACCAAUGAUGAAGAUUUCAAUGUGGAGCUGCGGCAGUUUUCUUCAUCCUCUCACCGAUUUUCCAAAGUUUACAGUAGCCUGGAUCUAUCUCGAGGACAGCUGGAGGAGAAAGGAGAGCAGACCGAGAAGACAACAGAUAGUCCUCUUACUGUUGACUCGCUGAGCUGGACUCCAGACUUCACUGAAAUACCCUCUCUGUCUCAUUCCUCUGACAAUGAGAGCACUAGCUUAAGCAGAUGUUCUGGUCUUCUACCCAAGUUUGCCAUCUCAGCAGAAGUGGAGGAUGGUGACGGCUCCCUGGCUCUGGAAGACCCCAGUAAAGUGACCUUCAGUAUUGGGGAGCUGCCUCAGGAUGAGCCUGAUCCCAGCACACCCUGUAGCACCAUCAGUAACUCUACCCUCUCAGGCAGUUUCUCUGAGCACCUGGAUCAAGUGCCAUCACGAGGAGAUGUUGUUGAGAGUCUCGAGAGCUCCUGUAAUGCCUCUUCUGAUACAGGCUCCUUCCUGACUGCUCCCAAACUUGAGGCCACAGACAAACCAUGUAUAGUCAGCAAAGUGCCAAAAUCAGUGUCUACCAGUGCCCUGUCACUGAUGAUCCCUGGAGAUGUUUUUGGUGUGUCACCAUUAGCAAGCCCCAUUUCUCCAUACUCACUAUCAUCAGACCCAUCCUCCAGAGACUCCUCUCCCAGUAGAGACUCAUCCUUAAGUGGUGUCAGUUCCCGUCAGCCAAUCAUUAUCCACAGCUCAGGGAAGAAGUUUGGCUUUACUCUGCGAGCCAUCCGGGUCUACGCCUGUGACAGUGAUGUUUAUACUGUUUACCACAUGGUCUGGAAUGUGGAGGAUGGUGGACCUGCUCACAAGGCUGGUCUUAAGGCUGGAGAUCUAAUAACUCAUGUGAAUGGAGAAACAGUUCAUGGGUUACUUCACACAGAAGUGGUGGAGCUGUUGCUGAAGAGUGGAAGUAAAGUUGCAAUAUCUACAACCCCAUUUGAAAACACUUCUAUCAAAACUGGGCCAGCUAGAAGAAACAGCUACAGAAGUAAAAUGGUGAGAAGAACCAAAAAACCCAAGAAAGAGAAAACUCAAGAAAGACGGCGUUCAGUAUUCAAGCGCUUUGCCAUGCAACCCUCUCCACUUUUACACACCAGUCGCAGUUUCUCCUCCCUGAAUCGUUCACUGUCUUCAGGAGAAAGCCUGCCUGGGUCCCCCACACACAGCCUCUCACCACGCUCCCCCACUGCUGCCUUUCGCCCAGCACCAGAUUUUACCCAGUCAGGUGGCACUUCAUCACAGAGUAGCUCCCCCAGUUCCAGUGCACCUAACUCACCUGCAGGCUCUGGCCACAUUCGGCCCAGUACUCUGCAUGGCCUGGGACCCAAACUUCCUGGACGGCUCCGUCAAGGCCGACGUAAAUCAGCAGGGAGCAUUCCCCUAUCACCAUUGGCUCGCACACCCUCCCCAACACCUCAGCCUCAGCCAACAUCUCCUCAGCGUUCCCCGUCUCCCUUGUUGACUCAUACUGUCGGAAGCUCCAAAACUUCUCAGCCCUUCCCUGCCAAAAUGCACUCACCCCCCACUAUUGUACGCCAUAUGGUUCGACCUAAAAGUGCUGAGCCUCCUCGAUCACCACUAUUGAAGCGUGUCCAAUCUGAGGAAAAACUGUCCCCCUCUUAUGCUGGAGACAAAAAACAUUUAUGCACUCGAAAGCACAGUUUGGAGGUCACCCAAGAGGAAUCUCAAGGGGAGGCUUCAUCUAAAGGGGAAAAUGUCCAACCUUGCAUAGAGGAGAGCACUUCUUGUGAUCCGCCCACCAUUACCCGGGUGAGGCCUGCUGAGCAGGGUUGCCUAAAGCGGCCUGUGACGCGCAAAGUUGGCCGACAGGAGUCAGUAGAGGAGCUCGACAAGGAGAAGCUAAAGGCCAAAGUGGUGGUGAAGAGGCAGGACUGGCCUGAGAGACGAGAGUCCAUGCCAAAACAAGACACUGUGCAAGAUGUGGAAGGUCCUACUGCUGAAGAUAAGGAAUGGGGUGUGCUAACACGUCCAAGUGUGAGACCCCAAAUUUUAGAAUCUGGAUCCUUGGACAAAUCUACAAAUGCUAGUUUAAAAGAUGUCCUCUACAAAAAACUAAAUCCAAGAGUCUGUGAGAGCAUUGCAGAGUCAGUCACUACUGGUGAUUGUGCAUCCUUUUUAAGUGAGAAUAUUAGGUCACCUUCAUGUCAAGCAGAGCGACAGAUGUCUUGGUCAAUGAAGGAAGGUAACAAGCCAGAGAGGCUAGAUUUCAAAGCUUCCAAAAUGGAGUUUGUCCGAAAGAGGCAGUCCUUUGAAGAGAGAGAGGACUCCUUGUGUCGAAUAUCCUCUGGGGUUCAUGACAGUAUUCAUUUUAACACAACCAGGUCCAAAAGCCUUCAGCUGGAUUCUGCGUUGGCUUUAGAACAUGUAAAAGGAGGCAUGUGCAACAUCCAUGUCACUUCUGAAACACUGGCCCCUAAACUUUUCAGUGGACGAGGAGAGAGUGCUGUAGAAAAACUCCAAAUGAUUUCUUCUGAUGUUUCUAUCAGGAAGACCUCUUCUGAGUACAAAUUGGAGGGACGCCUUGUGUCCUCUUUAAAGCCUCUAGAGGGCACCUUGGACAUUGGUCUACUUUCCGGGCCACGGGUAUCCAAGACUGACACAUGUCUUUCCAAAAUGGCAGGUGAAAGUGCUGUUUUGGCAAAUGAAAUUUGUGCAAAACAGUCAAUUCAAGAUAAAAAUGCUGAGAAAGUGAAAGGUUCACAGGUAGGGGCAUUUAACCACAAGGACAAUGUGUAUUUGAGCAGUAAAACCAUUACAAAAGAGGAGUCAAAUUCCAAUAAAGACUGUACAGUAAGUCUUGUUUGCAAUGAGCCCCCACAUGAGAGAAAUAAAAUUAAUGAAGGAAUGAAGUUACAGAUUACUAAAGUGGACUCUAUAGACACAACUGUGAAAUCAGAGAGUAAGUUGAAAACGGCUCAGGAGAUGAGGGCGGCACGACACAGCACUCACUUUGUGUGUGGGAAAACACCCUCGAUCAGGGAAGUCAGCAAUGAAGACCAGGAGGAUGACAUGGAAAACAUAGAGGAGACAUCUAAGCAUACCGAAACUCUUUCUAAAACCAAUGAACAUGACAAAUCCCUGGUGUCUCCUGUUGUUAUUUCACAGUCCAACUCAAAAUUCCAGAAAAACUCAGAAGCGAAUUCUUUUAAAAAUAAGAGCGAACUGUGUGAGAAACCAAGCAAUCCAUCCAGUUCACCGUUAUCUGCUGAUAAGGAUAACAUAAAUAAAAAUAAAUCAACAAAUACUUCUGCUCUAAAAAAUCAGAUCCUUCCAGAGAAAUAUGUUAUAAGCAGUCCAGUCGCAACAUCAAGUCCAACCUUGGCUGCAACCAAGAUAAGGGCUAGUGACACAAAAGACUCUCUUGACCAUAAUCCAGAGAGUCUUCAAGAUUUGAAGGCAAGUAAAACAUCUAGCACAAUAAAAAGCCCUGGUAAAAACAUAGAGUCUGCACUUAAGGACAAAGUUAAUUGUACAUCAACCUUAGCUAUAGGCCUAGGGCAGGCCAAACCUGAGGUAAAUAUCAAAGAAACAUCACCCAUCAAGCAGAGUCAAUUUUUAGAUUCCAUUGUGUCUUCGUUCUCAGAACCACAGGAGGCACUUGAGACCCCUCUUAUUACUCUUCAAAGAAAAUCCAUUUCAUCCACCAGCACUUCCCCAAUGAAGGACAUGACUGCUGCUGAAUCAAAAUCCCAAACCUGUUCAAGCACCAAUCUACAACUUGCUGGGUUGGCUGAAGAAAAAACAAAUUCCAUCCAACCUGACCAGACAUGUGCCAAACUUUCAAGCACUUUUGGUUCUACAAAUGGACAGACAGCACAUAUUUCAGCUCAACUCUCUAAGCAAAUCUCAGACAGAACAGAUAAUGCUUGUGUUUCAAGUUGUAGCAGAGAUUUUAGUGGACAAACGCAAGACUCUCAACAGGGCUUAAACAAAAAACAACAUGCAGCUGAGUUAAAUGAUGAGCAGGGAAUUAGUCAAUCCAAUUUAACGUUGAAAGAUCUUAAAAAUGUGCCAGCAUGCGGAGAUAAAAUGGCUUCUAAAAAGGACUUUAAGUGCAGUAAGACUGAAUAUAUUGGCUCUGCCCCUAACCAAAAUUCUUUGGUCAAAGCUGAAGUUUCAAAAAGCAGUGAAAGGCAGGAAGCCAUUCUCAGAAACCAAGUAAAUAUGAAUAUCAAAUCAAAGGACACAAGUGCAAGCCCACCAAAGACUAAAAGUAGCAGCUCUUCAACAAAAGACACUGUGCAUUUGGAAUCCCCAGUUAAAACAGAAGAAAACAUUAAAACAAAGAAUGUACAUGACAUAGACACCCAGAAGGUCAAUAAGCAAGUUAUGGACAUGCCCACAACACAGACAAGUCCAGCACAGUCUGCAAUAAAACAAACUCAGUUGUCUGGUAGUAGUAUAUUGAAACAAACCCCUUUGAGUUCCAAAAACAAGCCCAGAGUAGACUCUCCACUGGUCACACAAUCUAUUGGGAAGGCAGUUGAGGAUAAGGGACAGCAGGAAAAUAAGACACAGCCACAGCCCACUGUGAAAGACAAUACGGUAAAACUAAAGGACCCAAGAGUAUCAGUCUUGCCUGCGCCAAAAUCACAACAUCAGAAAGAAACCCGCACAGGUACAUCUGUGCCGGUGUUACCUGUACCAGCUGUUAAAAUCCAUUUGUCUAGUGGGUGUCCUCUUGGUAAUGGCAGUGGGGCUUUAGUUGAAUUACUUGGACCUUCCUCAAAGGAACCAGUGAAGUCCAAAAUUGACUAUCCAAAAUCAGAGUCCCCCAAGGUGUCCAUCACAGGUGAUUCUGUAGGGAUGACUACAACAACUGUGUAUAGUCCUGACCCUAAACAUGUUGCGAGUGAGUCAAAGGUAGCUGACAAACAGAUUUCAUCCAAUCGAAAAGAGCAAGCAGAAAAGAAGAGAAAGGAAUCUACUCAAGAGAUAUCUUCUGCACCAAAAACCAACCGUAAAGAGUCAUCAAGAGGCAUGCCUUUGGCAAAGGACAGUACUACAUUUGAAAAAGAUUCAGUCCGUUCUAAACAAACCAAGGAUUCGGCACGUGGUUCAGCUUGUAAAAAGUGAUGUAUUGUAUUGUCUUUGCUCAGCGUGUUGCAUUUAAUAAGACUGUAAGGAUGUAAACAUCAUUUUUGUCUGUGUGUAAUAUCAUUAAGCCUUCCUAUCUGAGGACCGAUAAAGCUGUUACUUUGGGUUUUCAUGAGAAACCAGAGAGAUAAAUUUCUUUGUGUUGUGAUCGGUAAUGUUCUGUUAAUACUAUGUCAAAAAAGUCUAGGCUGAAUGUGACUUGUUUUGCUGCUGUUGUCACGUUUUAGAUCUUGCAAAGCGCCAAAAUUAGUCAUUGUGUUGUGUUUCAGUGUGAUAUAAUGAGUGGUGUGUGCAAUAAUUGUGGAGACGGAGUGUAGAUGCCUUUUUAAGGUUUAAAUGAACUGUGCCAAUCCUGGAUAAGUGUAAUUGUACCAAACAAAAAGCACUUUUAAGUUAUAGCUAAAGGUGCGCAAUUACUGACUGUGUUAAAAAAAAGUUUCUCACUCAUUCAAGCUAGCGUAAUCAUGUAUUAUACUGGUUUUUGAUGCAUUCAAAAAACACUAGGACAGAAAAUGUAGCAAUGGUGCUAUUAAUGUGGCACACACUCUGCAAGCAAAAUAGAUCACUACAAUUGUAUUACUUUUUUUUUUUUUUUUGACCUUAUAAGCAAAGUUUUGUUUUGGGUAGUGGCGCACAGAUAGAAAGCACUUUGUCCUGUGCUUCUCACCUGGAACUAUUUUAUAUUGGAAUCAUCUAAUGGUUCUGGAUUCGUAGUGGAAGGAGUCUUUUGGGGGGAAUAUGACUUGCUGUUCUUAGCAGGUCAUGGCAGAAUUCACAUUCCUUUCACAUACAUUUCUAAUUCAUUUUAUGCAAUAUAUUGUAAAUACAGCAGCAUUAAUUGUACAGAGGGGUUGGUGGAAAUGUGUGUUGUAUGUUUUAUAUGUAUAUAUUUUGCUAUGUCAUAUGUUUGUAUACUGUGCUCAAUGUUAGUCUUCUAGUGAUGUCAUCUGCUCAGUUUUUUGCGCUGAACUAGAAACUAGGAGAAUAAUCUGAGGUGUACUUGAAGUUUCACUGAGGUAUAUAGGGGUUAACCACACAUUUGCUGACAGCAGAAUUACUCUCUGAAUGUUUAUUGUAGUCGAAAUUGCGCAUUACCAUAAAAACAGGGAUAAGGCAGAUGUAGCACAUUAUGUGAAAGGCUAAUUUCAGAAGCUGGAGGAUUACCCCCAUGAUUAAAGUUUGGUAAUGUGUAGAUUAUAUACAAUCUGUUUUUCAGAAAUGCAAAAAAAAAAAAAAAAAAAAAAAAAAGACAAGCUUUUAAGGCUACCAUUCUGCAUACAGGAACAUGAUGUACUUCCCCUGGUUUAGUUAAAAGGGCUUAAACAGGGAUAAUCAAAUGUGCUUUAGCAGCACUUGUGGCUUGUCAGGGCUUGUGGUAAAUGUCAAGAGCUUCAAUGCAUGUCCGUUCAUCAUGUCCAAUCAGUUUCUAACAUCUUCAUGUGCAAAAUACCACACUUUCAAAUGGGGAUUGUGUAAUACUGUACUUAUGUCAUAUGUGCUAUUAAUAUUAUGUCUCUAAUCAUGCAGUAGGAAAAAGAAUUACCUUCAAGACCUAUCUCUUUCCUUCAAGACCAAACAUUAGUUUGGCUUAAUUUAAUGUUGCUUUGUGAAGGUCAGCAUCAAAAAAGAAGAGCGGGUGAAUGUUGCGUCUUCUGAUAUUUGGUCUUCUAUUUAAAUAUGCUAUAGCUCUACUGGUAUGUAUACAUCGCAUACCAACUUAAAGCAAAGCGACUGUACAUCUAGGCCUAUUUCAGUAUCCUUAUAUUGUGAAACAUCUAGGCUAUAUUACAGUAUGAUGUUAAAGUGUUAAUGUUUUAUGUAAACAAAGCAUAUAUAGGAACUGGACACACAUGUGCAGAAGAACCAAAAUGCACCAUAUAAAGAGAAUCUAUUCAAACUGAUUGUAGAGAUUUUAAAUUGUAUUAGCAGACUGAAGUUUUGGUUCCUCAUAGACUUUACAAAUGUAGUUGUGAAGAGAUGCAAGCACCUUAAGAUUAAAAACACUAUACACAUUGGGAUUUGGGGGAAGAGACUCUAAAAAUAGCGUUAACUUUAAUGAUAAGAUGUGAAUGUUUUAUAGGAUAUAUGCAUCGUCUGUUCUCAAAUAUCAAUAGUAUUGCCAUGCAUUAACCCCAGACAAUUGUUUUUAAGCCUUCUCCAUUCCCUUUCUGAGAAUUAAUGUUUGAAUCCUUAAAAAAAAAGCACAUUAAAUGUUUGUUUACAACUACUUCAUGGAUGUAUAUUUUGUAAAUUUGUGUUACUUGCCAAAUCGAUGUGCUAAGUCACAGGCAGUUGUACUGUGAUCUCUCUUUCUUCUGUGCGUGCGUGCGUGCGUGCGUGUAUGUGUGUGUCUAAGAGAGAGAGAGAGAGAGAGAGAGAGAGAGAGCGCGAGUGAGUGUGUGAGUUCCUCUUAAUGUACAUUUGCCAUUGUUGUGGUAACCUAUUGUUUGUCUUUCCAGUUCAGUAUGUUCUUGCUUGUUUCUGGAAGUUUCCUUUCCUCUCUCUAUGUGUGAAAACAGUGUUUGUGUAGAUAACUCUGCUUAUCGUCUUUUAGGAUCUGUGCAAUAAGAGAUGUGGUUCUGAGUUUUGUACAUAACCCACAGAAAAGCUCUAUGGAUGUCAUAGAUGUUGUAAACUAUACAGAUAUUUAUACUUCUGAAAUUGUAUAAUACUGAAAAUAAAAAGGCAUGUCAAAAUUA